UGUUGCUUGUUCUUCACACACCUGCAGCAUCACGCAGGAUCGAUGAACUAUGUUCUAACAAAAAAACUGAAACAAAGAUGAGACGAAACAUCAGCUGCCGAGCACUCAUCUUCUGUGCUCUCUGCAUAGGAUACUACACAGCUCAGAGCACUGCAGUAAAGUGCAACUCAACUGAAACCAGCGCAACACAGUCAUGCACUUUGUGCACAGACAGGAAUAUUACCAGCACAAAUAACGUCUGUAAAGGUGUAGACAGCCUUCCAGUUGAGACUGCAUUCUCAUCUGGAAAUAUUUCUGUAGUACUGUGCAACUUCAGCAUACCUGACUAUGCCUGUUCAUCAGGUGUUGUUCUAUCGUCUGAUGAUCUGGCCACACUGCUCACAUGCAAACUGACAAGCAGCCUGAACUACUCUAAAGAAACAUGGAAGCUUUUCUUCCAGAAUUUUUGUGGACCUUUGGAUGAUGUACUGGACAGGUUUUCAAACAUGACCCACAGCAGCAUUCGGUCUGACUCAAAUAUACUUGAUGCCAUCUGGGAGGUGAUAAUCAAGGACUUCACUGCAGCACAGCUGAUGAAUGCCGCUUUCAUCACUGAGUGGUUCCAGAUGAGGCUCAGACCAUUUUUGUCAUCAGUGUCCGCAGACUUUCUGUCCAGCCUCAGUUCCAAAAGCUUCAGCUGUGAGAGCUACCAGAUUGUGGUGGAAGCUCUUAGCAGUCAAGAAUCACUCAUGAAAGAGGAACAGAAGCAGUUGGUCUUUACUUCAUUCAUCUUUCCCUUCCUGUCAAGAGUUGACCUCCCAGACCCUGGCUGUCGUUCCAACACUUCUGGCAGCAAUAAGUGGCUUGAAAAGAACCUUGGCAAUUUCUCCAAUUAUGCCCCCUUGGAAAAGCUCAAAAUUCUAAAUGCAAAUUUCUCCAGCGUUGCAGUGUUAGGCUUACUGUCCAGUGAGCAGAAGGCACAGUUCAUCUUGCAGCCGGAUUCAGGAGUGUUGGGAAAUGACUCUGUGUUUAGAGAGGUGUUUAGCAGGGUGAUCACAUCUUUAGAUCGGAAUCAACUUGGCAGCUUCUUCACAGUCUUCCACCAGACUGCAAUACAAAUGAACAUGACUAGCAUUCCUUCAGCAAUAUCACACACCAUUCUGAACAUGACACUCUUGGAUCUGGUGCCUCACUUCCAAAGUUUCAGCCCAGGGGACUUUGCCCUGUGGUUCCAGACUUACCUUUCCUUCUUCCUUCCUGGGAUUGGUCCAAACACCCUGUCGAUCAUCCCCAUGAACAUCAGCUGUGACUCCUACAGAGAGAUAGUGAAAGGACUUGAUAAUGUGUACAGUGACCUCUCUGCAACACAGUCCGAUACUGUCUUCAAUUACACACAAGACUAUCUCAAGUACCAGUCCAGCCAAGGCCUGAGCUGCUACAGCAGAGGAAGCUUCUACAUGUUCCUGAAACAGAUGUUCCUCAAUUUUGGAUUCCCUGACCUGAAAGAUUUCCUGUCUCUGAUCCCAGCUGACCGACAGGCAGAGCUUUUGGGCUCCAUCUCUCCGGAAGAACUCGGAGAGUUUCUGAACAGGCCAAACACAGUGAUUGAUGGUUCUGAGCUCUGCACACUCCUCAACAACUACAAUAGAACCAAUCAAUACCUGGAGAUGGAGUCUGUUUUAUCCUCAGCUUUGGCCAGCCACACGUUGGAGUGUGUGUGGCCUCGUGCUCUCAAUGCCUCAUCUCAGGCUGAUGUAGAACAGUGGUUUAAGGUCACACUGGUUCACUACCUGCCCUACCUCAGUUCUCAGCUCAUCAGCUCUGCCCAGCUCAGUGGCGCCUCCUGUCUGUCAUACAGGAAACUGUGAGUAUUUGUUUGAUGUACCAUUACACAGGGCUGUCAGCACAAACACUGUGCCCUGUCUCUUGGCUAA